GUCGUACAAUAAGUAUAAUAUUUGUAUUUCAGAUAUAAUAUUUUGUAAUUCAGAUCAUAAAAUUAUAAUAUUGAACUUAUAAUUUCUACAAGAAGAUAGUUUGUAACAAACAUGGAACCUCUUCUUUUUCUACACUACAUUUCAGUGAUUACUUCAUAGUUGUACCGCUAGGUGGUUUGUAAAAUAUAAGUUUUCUCGCUAGUUCUCGAUGAAGCUUACGUUUCCAUAUAUACGACAAGCGAAAAUUGUUUGUUGUACUUGCUUCGGCAGUACAUAUACUAAAAUUGGAACGAUACAGAGAAGAUUAGCAUGGCCCCUGCGCAAGGAUGACACGCAAAAUCGUGAAGCGUUCCACAUUUUUUGCUCUUUUCUAGUAAAAAAUGUAAAAUAAUACAUAUUGUUAUCGUGUUUGUCGCAAAGUUGGAAAUUUAAAGGCAUGCACAUUCAACCAACGUCGAGUAAAUGCUCAUGCGUGUUACUCUUCGUUGCAAACGUGCUCAAAACAGUCAGUCGUUAGAACUACCGUACGCGGAGCAGUGCGGAACAAAUGAAAACUUGUAUGCAUUGACUAAGUCAAUGUCGUAUGGAUGAAUAUGUUCUCUUAUCGGAGCAGAAUGGUUGAAAUUGUGUGAUAUGGUUUGAUUUUCUGAAAAUAAGAUGUAUGAUUUAAUUUUUAUACAAUAACAUUAGAGAAAAAGAAAUUAGCUGUGAAGAUAUUCUGUUACCAAAGUGAAGCAAAUGUAUAAAAUGUUUGUUUAAGUACCGGUUACAUUUCCGUAAACACUACACAACGAAUAUAUGUGAAUGAAUAAUAAUUUAUUUAAAAAAUGGUGAAACAAUGGUUAUCAAAUUUUAUAUUAGCAGGAACUAUUAGAUUCCUGUUGAUGAAUUCUGAGUUUCAAAAAAUUAUUAGUAAUCGCGUGGAAGUUUCUACUGCAUUGAACUCUUGGAAAAGAGUGACUGAAGGAGUAUAUUUAUAUAAUUGUGGUAUCGACCCUUAUCAGGGAGAUUUAUUUCAUGAAACUCCCAUUGGACUAUACAUUUUCAAUCUUAUACAGCAAUAUUUACCACGUUGGAUUUUAUUUUGCUUAUUUAUCUCUACAGAUUUAUUCACAGCUUUAUUUCUUGGACUUACUGCAAAACAGUAUGCAAUUGAAUUGGCCUCUAAAAAACAUGAGGAAAAAUCAAGUAAGGAGAAUAUGAAAAAUGAAGAUGAUACCUCUAUGGUGUAUACUUCCAUGAUGUAUGUCUCAGCAGGAUAUUUGUUUAAUCCAUAUGUAAUACUAAAUUGUGUUGGGCAUACAACAACAGUAUUCACAAACUUGUUAUAUUCCAUAGCAUUGAUCUCAAUGAUAAGAUGUUCCAUGUUUUGGAGCUGUUUAUCAAUUUCAUUAUUAACAUUACAAGGACUCUAUCCUAUUUCACUCUUAGUACCAGCAAUUAUUUAUAUUGUUCGUUCUAACAACAUAAAGCAAAAAAUGAAUAUUGUAAUUUUUAUUAUGAUGUUUGUGAGCAUGUUAGCAGCUCUAUUUUGUAUUUCUUAUUAUAUCAUGGGAAGCUGGUCAUUUAUUUGGAACACAUUGGGUUUUAUUUUAACAGUCCCCGAUUUGCGUCCAAAUAUAGGACUUUAUUGGUACUUCUUUACAGAAAUGUUUGAGCACUUUAAAUGGCUCUUUAUUGCUUCUUUUCAAAUAAAUGUCAGCUUACUGUACAUAGUACCAUUGGCAUUAAGGUUGCGACAUGACCCAAUGUUAUUAGCAUUUUCUUAUUUAGCAAUUGCUGCCAUAUUUAAAUCUUAUCCUUGUAUAGGGGAUGUUGGGUUUUAUAUGUCCCUUUUGCCACUGUGGAAACAUUUAUUCCAGUAUACACAACAAGGAUUCAUCGUAGGCUGUUUUAUGUUGUUCUGUACAGUUUUUGCUCCCACAGUUUGGUACCAAUGGAUCUAUUCCAGAUCAGCCAAUGCAAACUUUUAUUUUGGCGUAACAUUAGCAUUUGCUAUUGCACAAAUCUUCUUAUUAACAGAUAUUCUGUUUGCAAGUGUAAAACAUGAAUUUGCGAUACGUCAUGGUAUUAAUAAGGAUAUUAGUGGAAGCACAGCAAAAUUACUUUUAGAAUAAAGUUGUACCUUACAAAUUUUAGCAUUAAAAUUAUUUAUAAAGUUC